UGUCGGAUUUGUCCGCGCGCUGGUCGGUUCCUGCCUGCGUAAACACCAGGGAAUUGAUUGACGUAAGCUACCCCACGGGGCGCCGUGGGCAGGCCGAGGCUACCGUAUUGAAGUUCGGCUAUCUACUCCUCUCUGGACUUGAAUGCCAGACACCGGCAGGGGAAACAACGACGCAUACCCACCCUGGAUUGAUCACAACCACCCGCCAUGUCUCGAAUCUUCCGCAGGUUUGCCUCGUCAGCAUCCGGCAGCUCGGCGGCGGACGCAGCCAAAGAGAUCUUGCAGCGAUAUGGCGGCAAGCCCGUGUCCAUUCGCGAACAAUUAAUCGACGCCAACCACGCCCGACUGCUCAGCGUCACCCUAGGCCGGAGGAAUCUCCACGAAAAGGUAUCUCUGGACAUCGAUGGCGCGCCCGUAGAUGGCACGCCGCUGCCCCCCGGCUAUCAUUUCAUCUACUUCACUCCGACCAUGCAUGAACAGGACCUGGGCAUUGACGGGACGGAUAAGACGCUCAACCCCCUGUCGCCAUGGACCAGACGCAUGUGGGCCGGUGGCUCAAUGGAAUGGACGCAGGACCCCAAGGAAAUCCUCCGGAUUGGACAGAAGGUCAAGGAGACCACGGAGAUUACGUCGGCAGAGGAAAAGACGAUGAGGAGUGGAGACUCGAUGAUUCUUGCCGGCCUCGUGAAGACGUAUGAAAACGAGCACGGUGUUGCCUUGGUUGACCGCCGAAACUGGGUCUUCCAAAAGGAACACACCGAAAGGAAGGAGCCACCGCCGAAGCCGCAAGAGAAACCUCUGCCUGAAGGCACGUACUCCCGCGAUUUUUGCCCAUCGGAUGUCACGCUGUUUAGGCUGUCGGGCUUGACCUUCAACGCGCACAAGAUUCACUACUCCCUUCCAUGGUGUCGGGAGGUCGAAGGGCAUCGUAGUCUUGUUGUCCAUGGGCCUUACGCCUUAUUCGGAAUGUUGGACCUAUACCGAGACACACGCGCCAAGGACGACCCCGAACGCUUGCCCAAGUCGAUUUCCUACCGAGCCAUGACGCCUCUGUACGUCAAUGAGCCGUUUAGAGUCAUUCUGGAGCAAGACUCUGAUGGUCAAGGCAAGUGGACAAUCCAGAGCCAUGACUCGUUUGGAAAAGUGGCGUCGAAAGGCACCAUUACGGAGUAGAUAGAAUCUCAUCGAUGCU